UACUCCGUACACGGUGCUGCGGUAGUCCGUAACUCUUAUUUUUUAACACAACCGAAUUUCUUAAAAUCGCACUUCUUGAAAUUUGUAACUCCAAACCCAAUUUCUCUAGGAAGACCAGAAGAGCAGCAAUGGCAGGGGAGGAAGACGCAGGAGAGUUCUACCUGAGAUACUACGUCGGUCACAAAGGCAAGUUCGGCCAUGAAUUCCUCGAGUUCGAGUUUCGGCCUGACGGCAAGCUUCGAUACGCUAACAACUCCAACUACAAGAACGACACCAUGAUUCGCAAGGAGGUCUUCCUCACUCCUGCCGUCCUUCGCGAAUGCCGUCGCAUCAUUUCCGAUAGCGAGAUUAUGAAGGAAGAUGAUAACCUCUGGCCAGAACCUGAUGUUAUUGGGAGGCAAGAGCUGGAGAUUGUGAUGGGCAAUGAGCAUAUCUCAUUUACAACUUCAAAAAUUGGUUCCCUUGUUGAUGUCCAGAGUAGUAAAGAUCCCGAAGGACUUCGCAUAUUCUACUAUCUUGUUCAGGACUUGAAGUGUUUUGUAUUCUCACUUAUCUCACUUCACUUCAAAAUCAAGCCAAUAUAAGAUUAGUGGUUUUAUCUGCUUUGUAAAAUCUCGAUCGGUGGUCAUUUGGUGAUGUAUUUUGGAUUCCUGAUUAAAAUGUGUGCACAUGUAACUGAACCUUGAUGGGUUUGUCAUUUUUCUUAGUUGAAUUAGUUUAUAUGGCUUGUAUCUGACAUGGGGUGGACGAUUCUGGAUGUUUGUUUUUUGCAUCUAGUUGCUGCCUUCUUGGUAAAGUUCCCAUGGAUGCUUGAAAUUCAAGAAAUUAGCAGUUGAUUUUUAUGCUUA